AUGGCAAGGUACAUUGAUGAUGAACAAGAAGAUGAUGAGGACGUUUGCAGAAUCUGCAGAACUCCAGGGGAUGCAGACAAUCCACUUCAAUAUCCAUGCGCCUGCAGGGGAAGCAUCAAGUUUGUGCACCAAGAUUGCCUCCUUCAAUGGCUUAGCUACUCCAAAGCUCAUCGAUGCGAGGUUUGCAAGCAUCAUUUUUCAUUCUCACCGCUUUAUGAUGAAAAGGCUCCCACGAGGCUCCCUUUGAAGGAGUUUGUUGUUGGCAUUGCGAUGAAAGUUUGGCGUUGCCGUGUUUCGCACGCCUCACUGCGGUUGAGUUUAAUGCUUUUGGCCUGUCUUCUCACUGUUUCUUUCAUCACGUUUUGGACAUGGAGAUUGGCUUUCGUCCAGAGUUUUGUUGAAGCUCGGAGGCUGUUCUUAAGUCACAUGUCCACCUUACUUGUCCUAACAGAUUGUUUGCUUGGUUUCUUAGUAUCUGCAACUAUCAUCUUCAUUCUCCUUAAAGCUGCUUCACUGAGGAACUUCUUUAGGCAUUUGGGAAGAAACUUUCUAUUUAACGAGCUGGUUCGAAUACAGAGUCCUCUGUUUCACUUGGCUAUGAUUGUCUUUGUUAUUGUGGCAUGCAAUAUGAUAUUUGUUGGUGUUGUCAUCUUUGUGCCCUUCACACUAGGACGGGUUAUAUUGCAUCAUGUUGCUGCUGCUGAUCUCUUGAAAGGUUUUGUUGCUGUACCAUCAAAGCUAUAUGAUGAUGUUACAACUCUAACUGUUGCAAACAUGUUUGCAGUCUUCCUUUACCUUGGAAUCAUUGUGCUGAUUCGAUAUUUCAAGGGCCAGCAGCCAUUGAACUUUGAUAGACUCUAUGGUGUUGCUGCUGCUUCAAUAAUAGAAACUAUACCACCUCUCCUUAGGCAGUUGUUGGUAGGAAUCAAAGUAGGAACCAUGGUUGCCUAUUAUUUUGGGGUCUUCCCCUUGAUGUGUGGGUGGUGGCUAGAUGUUUGCACAGUUAGUAUGUUUGGUGAAACUAUGUCCAACAGAGUAGAGUUUUUAUCAGUUUCCCCGCUUGCACGCUCACUUGUUCAUUGGGCUGUUGGAGUGUUGUACUUGUCAAAAAUAUGCAUAUGCGAGGACCUUCUUCUAAAGGUUCUUCGCCGUGAAGCUUUGUUUUUCCUUUAUGAUCCCAAAGAUGAUGAUGAUGUUGAGUCGUUCCAGUUCAUGAUCGAAGAACCAGUACACAAACUUGCUCGGGAUGUUUUGUUAGAUGCUGCAAAGUAUGGGAGUUUGAUUGUCUUGCUGGUGUUUUUACCAGUCAAGCUUGCGAUCAUGAUGGCUCCUUCGGUCUUCCCUCUUGACAUAUCUGUAUCCGACCCAUUCACUGAGAUUCCUGUCGGCAUUCUCCUGUUUACAAUAUGCACACAGUUUAUCAUCGAGCAUUUUGGACUCUGGACCACGGUUAAGUCCCUUGUACGCUGCUGGUUCACCAGCGUCUGUUGGGCGCUUGGUUUGACAGACUUACUCUUGCCAAGACCAGAGGACAAGGUCGGUCAGGACAAUGGAGAUGGUGAACCAGGAAGGCAGAACAGAGGACCUGAAAGGGCCAUGGAUGUGCUUCCAGCAACUGUUGACCCAAACAGAAGCCUCGUCCUCGCUGGGAAUGUAGAAAAAUCUCAUUCAGAGUACAUCUUUGUGCUCCGUGUAGUCCUUCUUCUACUUGCUGCAUGGGUUACUCCUCUUCUCUUCAAUACGGCAUUGAUAGUUGUACCAGUUUCUCUAGGACGUGCUCUAUUUAAUGCCAUCCCAACUUUCCCUAUAACGCAUGGCAUCAAGUGCAAUGACCUAUAUGGUUUUGUCAUUGGCACAUAUGCCUUUUGGAUUAUCAUAUCUGGGACCAUGUAUGCUACCGAGCAUUUGAAGUCAGAAAGGACUUCAGUCUUGCUCAACCAAAUAUGGAGAUGGUGUGGGAUUGUCUUCAAGAGCUCGGUCCUGUUAGCCAUAUGGAUUUUUAUCAUUCCAGUGCUGAUAGCACUUGUGCUUGAGCUAUUGGUGAUUGUCCCAAUGAGAGUCCCAGUAGAUGAAACUCCUGUCUUCCUCCUGUAUCAAGACUGGGCUCUUGGCUUCAUCUUUUUGAAAAUCUGGACAACAUUGAUAAUAUUGCUGGAUGAUAGUUGGAAAGCAAAGUUUGAGAGAGUAGAAGAAGAUGGAUUCUCAAGGCUUCAAGGGUUAUGGGUGCUUAAAGAGAUUGUAUCUCCUAUCCUGAUGAAACUUCUGACAGCAUUAUGUGUGCCUUAUGUCCUGGCGAAGGGAGUGUUCCCCAUGCUCGGAUGUCCACUGGUUGUGAACUCCGCCGUCUACAGGUUCGCUUGGAUAGGUUGCCUCUCUGCGAGUUUCUUCUUUUCUUGUGCAAAGAGAUGUCAUGUCUGGUUCAUAAACCUUCAUAACUCUAUCCGUGAUGACCAUUAUCUCGUUGGUCGGAGACUCCUUAACUUUGAGGAAGUUGCUUUGGCUAAACGAAAAAGCAGUGCCAGUGAGGAUGAUGGUGAGGGAGAUGGUGAUACUUGA